AUGGCCCCUGUGAACGGCUGGGUAGUGGGGCUCCUGCUGGUCCUCCUGUGCCCAUCGCAGGGCCCGCUCUCUGGAGUAGUGAGCGCCCAGGACGUGGCUGAAGCAGACGGAGGCCUCCAGGUCAGAAAUGUUGCAGAGGUUGUGGCUGAAGAGGGCAAAACCACUGAGGGUGAUGAUGGUGCAGGUGAGGAAGAUGAACAGGUAGCGGGAGAGGAGGAUGAAAAAGAGUCAGAUGAGGAGGAAGAGGAGACUACUGAGGAAGAAGCUGUUGAAAAGGGGGAAGAAAAGGAAGAGGUUGUUGAGGAAGAAGAAGAUGCUGAUGAGGAAGAAGAAGAGGUUGACGAUGAGGAGGAAGAAGAGGCUGGCGAUGAGAAGGAGGAUGCAGAGGAGGACGAUACUGAAGAAGAGGAAGAUAAGGAAGAGGGCGAUGAGGAAGAGGAUGAUGCUGAAGAGGAAGACGAAGAGGGGGAGGAGGAAGACGAUGCUGUAGAAGAGGAAGACGAUGCUGAAGAAGAGGAAGACGAUGAACAGGGGGAGGAGGCUGCAGAUGAGGAAGAGGAGGAUGAUGCUGAAGAAGAGGAUGCUGAAGAAGAGGAAGAUGAUGAACAGGGGGAGGAGGCUGCAGAUGAGGAAGAGGAGGAUGAUGCUGAAGAAGAGGAUGCUGAAGAAGAGGAAGACGAUGAACAGGGGGAGGAGGCUGCAGAUGAGGAAGAGGAGGAUGAUGCUGAAGACGAAGAGGCCGAUGAGGCAGCAGAGCCGACGACUGACAUGCUGCAAUUCCGUUCUGGCUCUUUGUGUAGCGUUUGCUCCAUCUGUGAGCACUGCUCUAAUAACUGUGACGAAUGCCCUUGUGAAGAGGGAGAGGAGUCCGACCACUGUGAGCACUGCCAAGAAUGCUCAUCCUGCUACAUUUGCCCAAUACUGUGUGACACCGUUUGCACACCAGGUGGCCUUAUUGAUGAGCUAACUGGAACCCUCUUUCAGUAA